ACUUCCGGCGGGGCGGGGGCGCGGUGAGCUGACUUCCGCGGCGGCGGCGCGAUGACCACGCUCCGAGCAUUCACCUGCGACGAUCUGUUCCGCUUCAACAACAUUAACUUGGAUCCGCUUACAGAAACUUAUGGGAUUCCUUUUUACUUACAGUACCUCGCCCACUGGCCAGAGUAUUUCAUCGUUGCAGAGGCACCUGGUGGAGAGCUAAUGGGUUAUAUUAUGGGGAAAGCAGAAGGCUCGGUGGCGAGGGAAGAAUGGCACGGGCACGUUACAGCUCUGUCUGUUGCCCCAGAGUUCCGACGCCUUGGUUUGGCUGCUAAACUUAUGGAGUUGUUAGAGGAGAUUUCAGAAAGAAAGGGUGGCUUUUUUGUUGAUCUCUUUGUAAGAGUAUCUAACCAAGUUGCAGUCAAUAUGUACAAGCAGUUGGGCUACAGUGUCUACAGGACGGUCAUAGAGUACUAUUCAGCCAGCAAUGGGGAGCCUGACGAGGAUGCUUAUGAUAUGAGGAAAGCACUUUCCAGGGACACAGAGAAGAAAUCCAUCAUACCAUUACCUCACCCUGUGAGGCCUGAAGACAUUGAAUAACCAUGGGCAGUGGUUCUUAGGCAGAUCCUCCAGAGAGUUUAUGGACAAUGUUAUUUUCACUGGAUGAUCUUGGAGCUCUUAGGAGGAGAAUAAUCAUUUAGGUCUUAAAGACGUCAGAAAAUACAGGUUAUAAACGUAAGCAAUAUCAUACUUACUAAAAGCUGUUCAAAGGAGCCCUGGUGGUACAUGGUUAGUGCUCAGCCAUUAACCGAAAGGUCCGUGGUUCAAACCCAACAGCGGUUCCAUGGGAGAAAAGACCUAGAGAUCUACUCCUGUAAAGAUUACAGCCUAGGAAACCCUACGGGGCAGUUCUCUUCUGACCUAGAGGGUGGCUAUGAGUCAGAAUCGACUCGACGGCACGUAACAACAAAGCUGUUCAUUGUAAUAAAAUUCAGUCGAUAAGGCAGCUAGGUCAGGAGACCUUCCACUCUGAUGGUUCAUAAUAGUCACUAAAUGCUAGGGAAAACCUUGCUCCAAUUUCCUCCUGAGUUCAAUGCCUGAGAACCACUGCUGCAUAUGUAUUUUUUAUUUUGUAUUCAAAUGUUAAUUGAAGCUUUAAAAGCAAAUAUGAAAUGUGUAAAUCUAAGAUGUAUAAUAAAAUACAUAGUUGACCCUACAAAUGUUUUAUGGAAGUUUGUUGGUCAUUUAUACAACUACAUCAGAAUUAAGAAAAGUAAUCAUUUAGGAUGUGUUAUUUCUCUUACUGAUUGUACAUUUUACCUGAUUUUAUGCACACCUGAGACAAUCCCAGCCCAGCAUACGUAAGCUUUCUUCUUCCUGCACAGUAAAUUCUUCAGUUAACUUGUUUUCAGUGUUAGUCCCUGAUCUUUUGUCGCUUCUCAUAAUACAUUGCUUAAAUCUUGCCUUUCUGAAUACAGACAUGCUGUUCUUUUUUUUUUGUUUUUUUUUAAAGGGGAAAAAGAA